GUCUCUAUGACAAAGGGGCAAGGCUCUAUAUUAGAAUAAAAUAAAUAAAAAAUUUACAUUAGCGGUGCUAUUACCAUAAAGAUGACGAAGAUACCAUGAGUUGCAUAGAAUUUCUCCAGACAAAUUGUAGUUAGUUUUGGAACACAUGCGCAAAGUGUGCGCAGAAUUGGGGGCAACAUUCCUUUCCUCAAACAUUCGACAAACAUGCGCAAGUGCAAAUUGAGACCAGACCCGGUGGAAUGAUCAGGGAAUGAUGCAUGUUCCGUACCAAGCUAACUUACUUGGCUGCAGCUAGCGGUCCAACUAGCGUCGUGGAUAUCUUGACAUUAAGGAAACGGUACUAAUGUGUUGAAAAGUAUGUUAAGCUGGCCAGAAAAUAUAGCCAGUCAUUAAUGGCAAGUUUCGACCAGCUUAGCUAACGUAACGUUAGCUGUCGUCCUGGCCCUACAGGGCUGAAUCACUUAUGGCAACGUUAGCUAGCUGGUCGGUUAUCUAGCUGGCUACCCAACUUGCUAGUAAGAUAGCUGGCUGGCAAGACAUCUCAUCAAGCUACUUUAAGCUAGUUAGCAAAGUUACCCUGCAAGCACCUACGUAUUCCUUUUUAUCUGCCAACAAACACAUUUUUCUUAUGAAGAACACAAUAUUACACCGCAUUGUUUUCGGGGCAAACCAACGUUGAUUCACAACGCUAGCGAACCUAGCGAUACUAUCCUUGCUGUGAAGAAAUAUUUCCGGAAGGCCGCCGGUGUAGGGGUGUGGACUUCAAGGAGUUCACACGGAAAAAAACAUCUGGAGAAACACUAACCGGAGGAAAGGACAUUACAAUUUAAUUAUGGAGUCGUCUUUGGGACUAUGUGAGGAUACAUUUCUGGCAACGGUAAAAGGUUUUGAACAUCGAGCAGGACAGAAGGAACCAAGACUUCUCUCUCUUCUCGAACGUGCUGGGGAGUUUGAGUUGGGAGUUUUGGCAAAUCCUGAUUCUGUCGUGUCAAGUCCUCAACCUGACCUGUAUGUGCCCAUCAACAGUCAUUUUCAGAUAGUACGAGAGGCUGAGGAGGCGCUUCUCAUAGAUAUCCCCCUGAAUGCCUCCCUGCGUGUUCGGCUGAAGGGUGAGCGAACCCCGGAGCUGCUGCUGGAGCUGCAGAACGACGAGCGCAGCCAGAGUUUCCUCUCGCAGGUGAAGAAGGCCAAACAACAGGCGGAGUCCAAAAGCAACCUACCGAAACCCCAGGAAACCAUUGUCCCUCCCCCUCGGAAGGGGUCGGUCCCCGUCGCCCCACAGAGAGGCAUUUCCAAAUCUGUCAACGCUGCCUACCCCAUUGCCAACCUCCACAGGAACUCCGUAUCUGCCAGCCCCAAGAGCAACUCUUUAGGGAAGCAGACCAACUCAGACCCAGCUCUCUUGCUGGCCUCCGACUUUGGCUUCGAGGAGACUUUCAACCACGCGCUGAAGGUGGAGGAGAAAAAGAACCAGCAGAACCGCAGCACCACCGCCCCCCCCAGAGAACGCCUCCCAGCGCCACCACUGCCACCCCGCAAGGGCUCCUACACCCCCUCUGCGCCCCUGCCCGCCACCCCGCCGCCCAGAGAUCGAGGCCCCCCAGUGCAGAACAUGACGCCAGUGAGAGCAGACUUCCGACCGGUGGACAGGAACGCCAGCUGGACAGACACCCCCCCCAGCAACACCAUGCGGCAGGCCCUGCAGAGCCAGGGCCAGAGGGAGGGCAUCAUCCGCCACCGCAUGGCCAAGAAGGAGAAGGAGUACGUGGACAUAAAGAACUUCAGGUUCUUCACCGGGACGUGGAAUGUGAACGGACAGUCUCCAGACAGCACCCUGGAGGCCUGGCUGUGCUGCGACCCCGACCCACCUGACGUCUACGCUCUGGGGUUCCAGGAGCUGGACCUGAGCACAGAGGCCUUCUUCUACAAGGACUCCUCCAAGGAGCAGCAGUGGGUGGACAUUGUGGAGAGGAGUCUGCACCGUAAUACCAAGUACAAACGGGUGCGCGUGAUUCGUCUGGUGGGCAUGAUGCUGGUGGUGUUUGUCAACAAGGAACACAAGCACCACAUCAGAGAGGUGGCGGCGGAGACUGUGGGCACUGGCAUCAUGGGCAAAAUGGGUAAUAAGGGUGGAGUGGCCGUGCGCUUCGUGUUCCACAACACCAGCUUCUGCUUCGUCAACUCUCACCUGGCGGCCCACGUAGAUGACUUUGAGCGGCGGAACCAGGACUACAAGGACAUCUGCGCCCGCAUGAGCUUCCACCUGCCGGACUACCCUCCCCUCAGCAUCGUCAAGCACGAUGUUGUGAUCUGGCUGGGAGAUCUGAACUACCGUCUCUUCACACUGGACUCGAGCGAGGUGAAGAAGUACAUCAAGAGUAACGAGCUGAGGAGACUGCAGGAGUAUGACCAGCUCAAUAUCCAGAGGCAAACAAAGAAGGUGUUUACUGACUUCAUGGAGGGAGAGAUUAACUUCAUCCCCACAUACAAAUAUGAUCCCAAGACUGAUCACUGGGACUCCAGCGGCAAGUGCCGUGUCCCAGCCUGGUGUGAUCGGGUGCUGUGGCGUGGAAGCAACGUCAAGCAGCUGCACUACCGUAGCCAUAUGGAGCUGAAGACCAGCGACCACAAGCCUGUCAGUUCUGUCUUCAGCAUUGGGGUUAAGAUUGUGAACGAGCAGCGCCACAAGAAGGUCUUUGAGGAUACGGUGCGCAUGCUGGACCGGAUGGAAAAUGAUUUCCUGCCCUCGUUAUUGCUGACUCGCACUGAUUUCACCUUUGGGAAUGUGAAGUUCCGGCAGCUCCAGCUUCAGUGUUUCCAGAUCACCAACGAUGGCCAGGUGCCCUGCCAGUUCCGCUUCAUCCCCAAACUCAAUGACACGCAGUACUCGAAGUCCUGGCUGAAGGCCGAACCCUGUGAAGGCUACCUGGAGCCCAAUGAGACGCUAGAGAUCCACUUGGAGGUGUACGUCAGCAAGGACUCGGUCACGCUGCUCAACUCGGGCGAGGACAAGAUCGAGGACAUCCUGGUGCUGCACCUGGACCGGGGCAAGGACUAUUUUAUCACCAUCGCGGGCAGCUACCUGCCCAGCUGCUUUGGCACCUCGCUGGAGACCCUGUGCCGUAUGAAGAAGCCCAUCCGCGAGCUCCCCAUCACCAAGCUCAUCGACCUGGGAGAGGAUAGCUUCACGGAGAAGGAGAAGUCCAGGAUGAAUGUCCUGCUGGUGGACAGCGCUGGCCCCGAGGACAAGCCUCUGAAGAUCCCCAAAGAGGUGUGGCUGCUGGUGAACCACCUCUUCACCAAGGCCUGCCACCAGGAGGACCUGUUUCAGACUCCAGGCCUACAGGAGGAGCUGCAGGGCAUCAUAGACUGCUUGGACACCAACAUUCCCGACAACAUCCCUGGCUGUAAUCACACGGUGGCCGAGGCGCUGCUGAUCUUUCUGGAAGCUCUGCCGGAGCCGGUGGUGUGUUAUGAGCUGUACCAGCGCUGCCUCGAAAGCACGCACGACAGCCGCCUGUGCAAACAGUUGAUAUCUCAGCUCCCCCGGGCUCACCGCAAUGUGUUCCGCUACCUGAUGGCCUUUCUCCGAGAACUACUGAAGCACUCAAUAGACAAUAACCUCACCGCUAGCCUCUUAGCGUCUCUCUUUGCCAGUCUGCUCAUUCGGCCCCCUCCUAAACUGCUGAGCCGACAGACGUCACAGGACCGACAGAAGGCCAUUGAUUUCAUCCUGGGCUUCCUCAUGGCAGGAGAUGAUGAGUGAGAGGGUCAAGGAUCAGGGGUCAGCAGUUAAGGGUCAGGUCCCUGCCCCCCUGCUCUGGUCUAUGUGGUAUACCAGUUCAGGUGGAUUUGAGGCCUGGAGCAAAAGUGUUGAGGGGUGUGUGUGCGUGACUGAAGGUGUGAGCGAGCGAGCGAGUGAGUGAGUGUAAGCCAAUGGCUGGAUGCAUCUCAAGGAGAGACUGUGCUGUGGUUGUUGAGAUAAUUUUUUUGCACACAGAGAUGGUGGUUCUCUUUGAUCCCAUCAUCACUGUGUGUGUGUGUGUGUGUGUGUGUGUGUGUGUGUGUGUGUGUGUGUGUGUGUGUGUGUGUGUGUGUUUUCCUCCCCUCAACUGCCAUUUUUUGCACAAUGGCUCUGGAGGAGGGGACUGGAAGAGAGGGUUGUGUGCCUCUAAGGUCCUCAUGGAUGCCUCUUCACCUAUAGGCCCUCAUCCGUGCCAUUCGUUUCUCCCUGCCCCUUCUCCUCUGUGUUCAAUCCACCAUCCCCACUUGUACCUUAAACAUACUGCACAGUGGUGCAGUCCAUGCCAAAAAAAAACUAAAACACAAACACUCCACGAUGUAGGCAUGUACUAAAUGCCCUCACAGCAUUAAGUGGAAGAGUCCUCUUCAGCACACUAAGUUUGGCCAUCCGGGCCACCGUCUGCAAACAUAGCAUUAAAGUCAUUGUGUCUAGCCUUCUCCCUGCUUCUGAGCCUCAGAGGACUCGUGGGUGUGUGGGUGUCUCACAUCAGGCAGAUAAUCAGGAGAAUGGUAUUCAGGUUUGACUGAAGCGGAACUCACAAUUGGACUGGAGGCUGUCUAUUAUGUCUAUUAUGUUGAAUGGAGUUCUAGUUCCUGUGGUUCCUGGUUCCCAAACUGGAGUUGUUGGGAACCUCCACUGCGACAGCCCCUUUCCCUCUACAGCGGUCAUGUCCUGGACAGAAUGGAGGGCGGCUGUCCUGUAUCAUGAAUCAAGGCUUGAAGAGGAGAGUUUCUCAUGGGAUGACUAUGACAAUUGACUACCUUUUUUGAGACAGAGGUGAUAGACAAAACUGCUCUAGCGGUUAUUUGGGAGUCACAGUAGUUGGGAGUUAUCCUUGAAUCGUUGACCGGAGGGUGUAAAUACGAAUGUUAUUUAUGUGCAUAUACACGUUUCUCUCCUCAUCUGAUUUCUCAAUCAUGUCAUAUUCCAUUUUUUGAUUUCUGGUUUAUUUUCAUUUUCUGAAACACUCUUUGGAUGCACUGCAUCUGUCAGCCCUUCUGCACUGUUCUGGACACAAACCACCUCCGCUUCUGACCGGGUCGGCUCGACCUGGCCUCGACUGAGGCUGCCUAGCGGCCUGCUGGGAUGGACACUGUCCCUGUGAAGCUUUGGUCGGGUCCCGUCAGCACCCAACAGUCCCUUGUCCUCCAAACUGCCUUCUGAAACCCCAGCCUGUGCUCAGAGAUCUCGAACUGUAACUUUUACCCUGUGUCUUAACUGUUGUGUGUGUGUGUGUGUGUGUGUGUGUGUGUGUGUGUGUACCAUAACUGGCCUGUGGUCUCUCUUUGUAGGUGUUUAUUAAGUGUGCUGUCAUGUCUUAACUGCAAUGGUGGAGUGCCCGUGUCCUCUGGUUUUCCUGUUAAUGUCAUCAUUUAUGUUGAGUGUUGAACUCACUCAAACCUCCAGAAAUCCCAAUCUCUGUUUACAGUCUCAAACCAUGACCUUUACAUGUUAGGUGUAUUUGAGAGUGAAUGUUUGAGUGUGUAUGCUCUUUGUGUUUAACAUUUAUUAGCCCACAGUUCUGUCUGUAAGUUGCUGUGUGUGUGUGUGUGUGUGUGUGUGUGUGUGUGUGUGUGUGUGUGUGUGUGUGUGUGUGUGUGUG